UCAGUGCUGGAUAUAAGUGUCGCUCGCGACCCGGUCAUCCUUCAGGAUCCUCGACUGUGGGGAAAACAGAUCAGCUCCCUGGUGAACAUGGGCCGCCACUUUGGAAACUUGGCCAAGGUCAGACAUGUAAUCACAUACAGUCUGUCCCCCUUUGAGCAGAGGGCUUUCCCCAACUACUUCUCUAAAGGAAUCCCCAACGUUUGGAGGAGAUUCAGGGCGUCCAUCUUCAAAUUUGCCCCCCCUAUGAUCGUCAUGUAUUUGACAUACACCUGGGGCAACGGCGUCUAUGAGCAAGGCAAAAGGAAGAACCCUGCAGACUUCGAGAAGGAAGAAUGAACCUCUGCUGCAACUCUGAAAAUUCACCUGUAUUUCCAAUUCUGUAACCAAUAAAGACAAAAUAUUUAUGCCA